CAUCGGACCAAAGCCCCCCAAAAGCGGAGGAACCCCUGCUGAGACCUGGCAAACGGUCCAAAAGCCAAGGAGGGGAGAAGGAACCGCCUGCAAUCCCGCCCUUUCUUUUUCAGCCCUUCAGACCAUGUCCCUCUCUUGCUUCUUUAACCCUCACCAUGGCUGUUUGCUGCACGCCGACGGCCACGGGGAAACGUGGACAGACUGGAACAGCACAUCCAAGUUCUCCCAGUAUGGCUGGAGGUGCACCACCGGCGAAGACUCUUACUCGAACAAAACUCUGCUGGGUAACUGGAAUCAGGAGCGUUAUGACAUUCAGAGACUUGUGCAGCCCAAACCCCUCCCGUCCCGGUUCAGCCACUACUUCGAGUCCACCUACACAACGGAUUAUUCCAAGGAAAUGCCUCACAGUACCAGAAGAGUUAUUCGAGAGCCUCACUGGUUCCCAGGACACCAGCCGGAGCUGGAGCCUCCUCCGGUCAAGCGAACGGCUCGGUCGUGCUACAUGAUAGACUACGAGCCUCCUCGGGGCAAGGGACCCAACCUGGUGGUCGGAGAGAAGCCAAAGGAACCCGAAGAGACUCAGCCAAAGCAGUAAGCAUCGGGAGAGGCCUCGAGACACCUGACUUGAAAGGCCUCGCUCGCUCAUGUGAUCUGAUGACUUCCUCGCCCAGGCUAGGCUGUCCUGCCGCAUCACAGGCUACGGGUUGUAAUUAAAAGGAUGUGUUCCCCCCUCUGCCCCCUCAAGCAUUGAAAAGAAAAUUCUGAUUAGCAAUUGUGA